AUGGAAGAUGAGAACAAAAGAAUAAGAAAGUCAAAAUUACGGCAAUCAGAAAUAAGGUCACUGACAAAGCAAAAAGACAGCAGAAAAGUCGAAAAAAUAAAGAAACCAAAGAACAAAAUUCAAUGGAAGAAAUACUUAAUCUUCCUGACAUCAUUAAUUACAUUAAUUAUAGCCUUUAUUUUAUAUCAGUUAAAAUUUGGAAGCUGUGAGUUUUGGAAUACGUAUGAGAGGAAUUACAAUAUGAUUGUCUAUGGCGAUGAAAAAUAUUGUUAUCGGAAAAUCGAUACAAAUCUAGUCAAUAUUAGGCUACUGGAUGAAAUCGUUGGCCAGGAUGAUGCAAUAGAACUGAUUAAAGGAAGCCUGAAUUUAGCAAAUAAUGACGAAUACAUACAAAUGAUAUUUCAUGGAGUAACAGGCAUAGGAAAGACUUUAGCAUCUGAGAUAAUAGCAAGGAACUACCCAAAUCCAACAAAUGUCCAAAAAUACAUUUGGAAAGUCCACGAAUUUUUUAAUCUUUUUGAAAUUGCAAGAUCAAGACUUUCCAAGUGUGGAUUCAAUUUAAUUAUACUAGACGAUUUAGAGAUUGAUGAAUAUGCAAUUGAAUUAUUGAAAGAUUUCGAGCAACAAAUGCGUGAUGAAGGAAAAAGGAGCAACUUUAGAAUAGUACUAUUAGCAAUAUUUAAGGAUACAAUGACUGACGAGAUCAAGGACGAUCUUAAGAACUUUGUGAUUAUAGACUUUAAUCCACUAAGCAAAGAUGAUUUUAUUAAAUGCAUUGAAAUUCAUUUAAAGCUUUUUAACAUCACUAUGAAUGCACAAGAAUUUGAGGAAUUGAAAGAAAUCGACUAUAGUUCUUCAGGCUGUAAACUUAUUUCCAAAAAACUAGUUUCUGUUUAA